AUGCAGAGGGCAAUUGAGCAAGCAGGGUCCGGAUUCACUGGAUGGGUCUCAUCCUGCUUGUUCUGCCUCGACUCAAGUGGCGAUGAUGAGCGCGCCCGCCAUCGGCAAGCCAUGGAACAGAGAGGCGCUGAGCGAGAGAUGCAAAUAUGCCACUCUCAACCACACCUCGUCCCUCCCAUGAAGCUGGUCGUCUAUGACGACCUUCCCAGCCCAGGUCCACCACCCCGCGCAUCUUCAUUCCCUUCUUGGGUCAUGGACGAAGGCAAGAAUCUCGCCUCUCGAGCUUCUAGCCGGGCAAGCAUGUCAUUCAGACGCAAGUCAACGGUCCCCGUGAGGAUCAGCGCACCUACAGACUUCAGAGUGGUGUCAGGGACUAGUACAACGAUGCUUACCCGCUCCCUCACAACAGUCCCAGUUCAUAGGAGCUACCGACCUCUGGAGCUUAGUUUUCAGAGCCCAGCGAACAAGCUCCCUGAGCUUCCCCGCUUCAGUGACUUCGACUUCGGCCUGGAUACCGAUCAACCCCAGGCAGCAGCUAUAGCUCGGCCACCGAAAGCCUACUCAGUCAUGACGGACUUCUCCUAUCAGGCUCGUCCCCGAACAGUCGUUUCUCAUGCUCAUCGGCCUUCUUCUUCAUUCAACCUACCUCGGAAGCCAGUAGGCUCCGGCUCUCGUCGGUCGUCACUUGCAACUAUCGAUUUGCUCAUGGAGAGACAAGCCCCAGGCCCUAGUCCUCUCAGCAGCCCUUUGAUCCCGCACUUUUCUCUUCGCUUUUCUAACGCUUCUCCGUCGAUAGCCACUGGUCUGGCUACCAGUGCAUUUCCUUCUUCUUCCCCUCCCACCCCUUGGCCGGAUUCAGUUGUGGGCGUGGGCAGGACCCCUCUUUCAAACCAUGCCCCUCCCCAAGCAAUACAUUCACACGAUGCCACUGCAUCUGCAUCUAUUACACAGAGAACCACAAAACCUACGACUACACAGACCUUUACGCAGACCCAGGUCAAGAACAAAGCCCUGCCACCCGUCCCGUCAAGGGAAUCCUACGAGCCCCGAACAGCGUCAAUGGAUGUGGGAACGUAUAUUGAACCCGAACACCGUUCCUUCGCACCAUCCAUGGCCACACUAUCUACCUCAUCUCGCCCUCAAUCUCGCGCCAGCCGCGUUACGCAAUGGGUCCUCCAACAAACCACAGCCACACCCCCCAGAACCCCUACUUCUACGGCUGCAAUGAACGCCCCUGUCUUCCCUUCCACCUCGUCGUCCUCGCGCAAGCCAAGCCUAAGCCUGAGCGACAAACUUUCCAUGCGCAUCCGCUCUCGCACCCUGAGCGGGUCGACUCUCACGCCAUCUACACCAACUGUUCCUGCCCCUGUGCCUGUACCAGGAGGCUUCAAACUCAACAGCACUACUACCGGAAUCUCAACGCCGCCUGUUUCACACACAACUCCAGCACAGACAAGGUCGUCAACUCUUGAUUCCCGUGUCGACAAGGAUUUCGAGACGCCGUACCCAUACGCCUCCGCAAAUCCUUUCCCCCGCCAAACUCAAUCAAGCCUGCACCCGACAAUCCACGAGAUCCAGCAGCGGAGUGACCCGAACUACGACUACCACACUCAUCCCUACGACCUUGACGUCGACCGCCACCGACACUCUGCCACUGCUAUCGGCGUGGCGUUUUGA